CUGGACUCAUAUACUCUCAUAUCGCGGCAGUUCUUCUGGCAGUAAAGAUAAUUUGUCCAGGAUGAACAGCUGUAAAGACGGUCUGAUCUCCGUGUACAGCUCAUGGUCGAUCUCGUCACAGAAGCAGCUGUCUGACGUCAUCAUUACAACACAAAACAACAAACCCACUGAUGACGCCUGCAGCUUUCAACAUGACAGGUGUGAAGCAGUGUGUUUGGAUCGAGCAGAGGAGGACUGUCCAUGUGUCAUCACGCUGAUGUGUACACCAAACUCUCCAGCUGUGAUCAGCAGUCUUCAGGUGCUCAGUGAAGCACGCACUAUUGAAGUGUACUCGCUGUCUGGAGAAUACUGGGGCACCUGCCGUGGGGAGCAAGUUCAAAGAUCACACAGUGACGGUUUUGAGGACAAGAGCUCUUUCUACAGGAAUUGUGUGGUGUUGGAAAGUCCUGCUGCAUCCUGUGAGAUGAAGCUGCUGUCUCUGGGUGGACGCUCCUCUGUGGCUAUCGUCUGCCUAAGUGUGGGACUGGAGACGCUCAAGGACAGGCAGGAAAGUGCGAGCGUGGAUCCAGGCAUUGACCUUCAGCGUGUGCAGGCUAUGAUGGAGGAGAUGGGCACCACCCUCUCACCAGGAGCUCAGAACCUCAUGGAGCUGGUGCAGUGCCAGCAGAAGAAUAAAUCAGACAUGCUGGGUGGAUUCAUUCCUUUGCUCAUGGGAGGAGGAGCUUUAAGCUGUCUGUCAAGAGGAGGUGGAGCUUCCAGAUCUGUAGGGAUGGAGUCAGGUCAACAUCAGCCGAAUCUGUCCAGCAGUGAACACGACCAGAUCCCAGGUGUCAUGUCGUCUCUGCUGAGCUCUAACACAGACCCGAUCAGCCCAGGGCUGUUGCCCAUGUUGCAGAGCGUAUGUGGUCAGGUCACACGCCUCCGUCUGGAGGAGGCCACGACUCCAGAGAGGAAGAGGAAUGGAGAGCGGGAGGAUCAUAUGUGCUGUGGAGGCUUUGAGCAGGUACUGGAGAAGGUUGUGGAGAAGAGAAUGGAGGAGAUGGAGAGGAGACUAAAGGAACAUCUGGACAUGCGUCUGGAUGCUCUUCAGCAGAGACUGGAGAUCACACUUCAACAGGCACUCUCUCAAACACCCCAACAUCCACACUAAUACACAACCUGAACGCUUUUAAACACUCAUAUUCUUCAAUAAAGGGACAUUUAACCAGAAUCCAUGUUAACUAUCCCUUUAUAUCAUUCAUGUUUUGCCAACAGUUUGACAUUCAAAUGUCUGUCCCAAGAGACACCGGUUGAGUGUUUCACUGACUUCACCAUUCACAAACCGUUCUUAAUAACUGUUUUACUGUUGAUGCUACUUAUAAUGUAUUCUUUUAUUCAAAAGACAUUACUCUCGCUGCUACAAGAAAAACAUUCUAUCAUUUUGACUGUUAUAAACGACUUAUUCUUACAGAUUAGUACACAUGUUAAUUGUCCGCACAGCUUUAGAUGGUGGUUAAAGAGAAUGAUUGCACUGACUGUCUGUGUUUGUGACGACAGAGGCCUGUAAUAUUACCUGAAUUGCCACUGUGAAUUGACUUUGUGUAAGUAUGUUUACACUGAUCAUACUGGAGAACUAAAGACAAAAAAAAGAAACAAUAUUAAAAGCUAUUUAUACUAAAACUAA